GCUAAUGGAAUUUAAAAAUUUGUAGGUACAAGCCAUUUAUUGAUUAGGCUGCUGCCGUCUAACAAGGACGUGUUGCAAGCAUCCAAGAGCACAAUCAAUACAUAUCUAAGUGAUCUCAAGCAACCUCCAGGAAUUCAUAUACAAUAAAUAUUUACAAAAACUGCUAAAUUAAUUGACACGCAAGUAUAUGUAUGUUUAAAAUUCUGUAAAAUGUUAUUUAAUCGCUUAAACGCCAAUACGUACGCACAUCAAAUAACUGAUGGUGUGUGUUAUGUGCAUAAAAAGUUCGGAGUAAUCAAAGAAACAAAAUUAAAAAUGCAAAAUGGCGUAACCAAUCAACCGAAACGUUUUAAAGUUGAGGCUCUAAAGUCUAAGACGUCAGAUACCAAUGGUCCAGGGAAAAAAUCAAUUAUCGUUGGAACAAAAACCGAAACCAAAAUAAGAAAUAAACCGCUAGACAUCCCAGUCCUUUCUUCACCACCGCUAACAUCUAGGCAAACAAAGGUUAAACGAAUAGAACCACUGAAAGGACCUUCUCGACCUGUAUUGGAUGAUAUCUCUGAAAAACCUCUGCAACCAAUGGUUAAGCCACGCAUUAAACGGAAAGAACCACUGAAAGGACCUUGUAGACCUGUACCCCAGCCGCUACAACAACAACAACCGAGAGGACCUGCUGCUUUAAGAAAGUACUUGGAUGGUAUUUCUGCAAUGCCGCUAAAACCUGUGCAACCAAUGGUUGAACCAUGCUUUAAACGGAUAGAACCACUGAAAAGACCUUUUAGGCCUGUACCUCUGCCGCUACAACAACAACAUCUGAGUGGACCUCCUAUGUUAGGAAAGUACUUGAAUGAUGUCUCUGCAAUGCCGCCAAAACCUCUGCAACCAAUGGUUGAACCAUGCAUUAAACGGAUAGAACCACUGAAAGGACCUUUUAGGCCUGUACCCCUGCCGCUACAACAACCUCUGAGAGGACCUUUUAGGCCUGUACCCCUGCCGCUACUACAACCACUGAAAGGACCUUUUAGACCUGUACCUAUGCCGCUACUACAGCCACCACUGAAUGGACUUUUUAGACCCGUACCUCUGUCGCUACCACAACCACUGAAUGGACUUUUUAGACCUGUACCUCUGCCGCUACAACAACCACUGAAAGAACCUUUUAGAUCUGUAGCUCUGGCGCUACGUCAACAAGAAAUUUCUUUGUUUGAAAAGCAUCUGGAGAAUAUUCAAAAAAGGCGCGAUCAAAACUUUAAGUUUAUCUGCAAUAUAACAAACUCGGAACCAAACAUGACGAUUCGACACUUAACUAAUACAACACUGAGAUCAGCCAAUAAGGAAAACUUAAUCAAAAAACCGAAGGAAAAAUACGUUAAAUCAGAUUCAAAAAAAGCGAAUACAAAGAAACCAUCAAAUAAGAGGAAAAUUAAUAAGGAGCAAACCUCAGAUUCUAAGCAAGCGAAUGCAAAGAAAGCAUUAAAUAAAAGAAAAUAUAAUAAGAAGACAACCCCACGCUUGUCACCAGGUGUUCUAAAAGCAAAAAUAGAAAGUCUUUCACCAACCGUUGUCAAAAAGCAAAAAAAAUUGCAUCAGGCAGUGCAAGCCUCAAAUUCAAAGCAAGCGAAUGCAAAGAAACCGCCAAAUAAAAGGAAAUAUAAUAAGAGGACAAUAGAAACUUCUUCACAGCAAAACUUGGAACAGGCAGUGCAAGCCCCUAAAAAUAAAGCGGAAAACAACAUGUAUGUAUGUAGUGAAGAAAGUAAAUCCACAAUAAUAUGUGGUUGUAUCAAACAAGCUUAAUUAGGCGCAAUUAAUUUUUAUAAAACAUAAAAAUUACAACAAAUGU